AUGAAAAUAUUCGACUGUAAAUCAUUCAGUUUGACCACUAUUGAUUUGAAUUUGCGCGGCAAACUGCUGAUUAAUUUGAAUUUCCGAGCGCUCGAGCCAGUAACAGUCAUCAGUAACGGUCCACCUCAGUAUCAGUCAGAUGAGCUAGUGCUGCGCUGUUGCUUGGCUGCUCCCCUCCAGCAGAAGUUGUGUUUGGCUGCAGAUGGGUUUGGAGGACGACUCUGCUUUCUUGAGUCCACUUCAAACUCCAAGAAUGUUCCUGCAGACCUGUCGCUGUGUGUGUUUGUGCUGGACAGGUGUGUGUCGGUUCGCGCUCUGCAGGAAAUGCUUGCCAACCAUGAAGACCCACACAUGGGGUCAGCCGAAACCAUAGGCCAACGUACGCUUCUCUACGGCCAGACGCUGCUGCUCAGACAUGUCCACAGCAACAUGUAUCUAAGCUGCCUGGCGUCCUCUGGGCUGUCAGCCGACAAGCUCGCAUUUGAUGUCGGUCUACAGGAGGAAGUAGCAGGUGAGACGUGCUGGUGGACAGUCCAGCCGGCUUCCAAACAAAGGUCAGAGGGUGAGAAGGUCAGAGUGGGUGAUGAUCUCAUUUUGGUCAGCGUCUCCUCCGAGAGAUACCUGCAUGUCUCGUGGGGCUCAGGUGGGGAUGAUGAGAGUAUCAGUGCCAGUGUUGACGCAGCUUUUCAGCUUACUCUGUGGCGCGUGUCUCUGGUUUCUUCUGGCUCGUCUCAAGCUCAAGGUCACCUAAGAGGAGGAGACACUCUGCGCCUGCUACAUGGCCACACAGAUGAAUGUUUGACCGUCCCACCUGCUAAGAAUGGAGAGGACGAGCGCAGAUUAGUUCAUUUUGAAGGUGGUUCUGUCUCAAAUCAAGCUCGCUCUCUAUGGAGGAUGGAGAUGUUACGUGUCUCUUGGAGUGGGAGCCACACUCGCUGGGGGGAGCCGUUCCGCCUAUACCAUGUGACCACAGGAAAAUAUUUGGGCCUGACACCGGAUCGAGGACUGGGCCUGGUGGAGAGAGCGCAGGCUGACGUUAAAUCCACCGCUUUUUGUCUCCGCCCGUCAAAGGAUUCUGGCCAUGAACUCACUAAUAGUGUCCAUAAGAAAGAGGGGAUGGGGACACCUGAUGUCAAAUACGGUGACUCUAUCUGUUUAGUCCAGCAUGUAGACACAGGACUUUGGCUCACCUACCAGACCAGCGACUCCAGGAGGAGGAAAGAGAUGAAGCUGCAUAAACAGGCCAUCCUUCAUUCAGAGGGUCAUAUGGAUGAUGGACUGACAUUCUCUCACUCCCAGAUAGAGGAAUCUAAAGCUGCAGGACUCAUUCGAAGCUCAGCUCUCAUUUUAAAACGAUUUAAAAGGGGACUGGAUGAACUUAAUCACAGAGCCAACAUAACAACGUCAGAUCUUCCAAUAGACACACUACUUCUGAGUUUGAACGAUUUAAUUGGUUACUUUCAGCUGCCUGAUGAAUGCUCGAGUCAUGAAUCCAGACAGAGCAGCAUCCAAGCACUGAAAAACAGGCAGAACCUGUUUCAGGAGGAGGGUAUAAUUACCUUGGUCCUAGACUGCAUUGAUCACCUGCACAUGUAUUCCAGUGCGGCUCAUUUCGCCGAGGCUGCUGGAAAAGAGGCUGGACAUGCAUGGCAGACCAUCUUAAGCUCCCUUUAUGAGCUUCUGGCUGCACUAAUUCGAGGUAAUCAGCAUAACUGCUCUCAGUUUUCCAGCUCCCUGGAGUGGCUUGUCAGCAGAUUAGAAAAACUCGAGGCCUCCACUGGAAUCCUGGAGGUGCUGCAUUGUGUGUUAAUGGAAAGUCCAGAGGCUUUAAAUUUCAUUAAAGAAUGCCAUAUCCGAUCUAUCAUGUCACUCUUAGAUAAACACGGGCGAAAUCACAAGAUCUUGGAGGUGUUGUGUUUACUGUGUGUGUGUCACGGAACAGCUGUGCGCUCAAAUCAGCACCUAAUCUGUGAUACUCUGCUGCCCGAGAGAGAACUACUGCUGCAAACCAGAAUGGUCAACCAGGUCACCAGCAUUCGGCCGAACAUCUACCUCUGCAUGGGAGACGGUUCUGCCCAGUACAGGAAGUGGUACUACGAGGUGGUGGUGGAGAGAGUGGAGCCAUUUGUGACAGCUGAGCCCACUCAUCUGAGGGUGGGUUGGGCGUGUACCGCAGGCUACCACCCGUCUCCAACCGGAGGUCACAGCUGGGGGUCAAACGGAGUGGGAGAUGAUCUCUGCUCAUACGGAUUUGAUGGACUGCACCUGUGGACAGGUGGCGUUAGUCGUAGGGUCAGCUCAUCCAAUCAGCGUCUGCUUAGGAAAGACGACGUUAUAAGCUGUUGCAUUGACCUCAGCGCGCCCUGUAUUUCCUUCCGGGUCAAUGGGCAGCCUGUGCAGGGCAUGCUGGAGAAUUUUGGCAUCGAUGGCAUGAUGUUUCCUGUUGUCAGCUUUUCGGCUGGAGUCAGGGUUUGUUUGCUGUUCGGAGGCCAGCAGGGCGAGUUCAGGUUCCUGCCUCCAGCCGGAUUCUCCCCUUGUGCUGAAGCGUUGCUGCCUAGGGGGCGCUGUAGGCUGGAGUCAUGUGAGGAAGUUAUCCAGGUUCGGGAUGAUGGGCUACGUGACCUUUUAGGCCCCGUUGUGUCCGUUGACCCUGUGAUUUUUACCCCAACACCUUUGGGGACCAGUCAGGUGGUGCUGCCACCUCAGCUCGAGCUGAUCCGAGAGAGACUGGCUGAGAAUCUGCAUGAAAUUUGGCUUUCGGAUAAGAUGGAGCAGGGCUGGACCUACGGACCUGUGAGAGACGACCUUAAACAUGUUCACCCUGGACUGGUGGAGUUUUCCAAACUUCCAGAUGAGGAGAAAGACAAGAACCUGAAAGCUGCUGAACACACUAUAAGGACAAUUUUGGCUCUUAAAGCUCAUAUCGGACUGUCUGAUGACCAUGAAGAGGAGAGUGUGAAGUACGUUCAGCUCUCAAACAAGUAUGAACUGUGCACUGGAUACACACCAGCUCCGGUGGAUCAGUCCAGAGUUUCUCUAACCGUUGCUCACGAAGCUCUGGUGGAAGCACUGGCUGAGAACGAGCACAACAUCUGGGCCAGGGAACGCAUUAGACAGGGAUGGACCUACGCACCACAGCAGGAUAUUAAGGGGAAGAGGAAUCCUCAGCUGGUGCCCUUCUGUCUGCUGGAUGAGAAAAGCAAGCGUUCCAGGAAAGAUUCAGCAAGAGACGCCGUUGGUAGUCUGCUCGGCCUUGGAUAUACAGUGGAACCGUUAGAGCAACAUGAGUCCCUGAAUCCUGGUGCGGGAACUGCAAGCCAGACGUUCCGCAUCUUCCGCGUGGAGCGCACUCGUGCCGUGAGUGAUGGAAAAUGGUAUUUUGAGGUCGAGGCGGUAACUGACGGAGAGAUGCGAGUGGGCUGGGCACGAGCCGAGUGCAGACCUGAUAUGGAGACGUUAACAGAUGAGCAGGCCUUCGUGUUUGAUGGAUCAAAGGGCCAGUGGUGGCAUGGCAGUCCAGUCCCACUGGGCCACGCCUGGAAGAACGGAGACGUUAUAGGAUGUCUGUUGGAUUUGACCCGGAGGACCAUGAUGGUCACUCUAAACGGAGAGCUGCAGCUGAACAGCAGUGGCUCCGAGAUUGCUUCCAAGGGCUUCAGUACAUCUAAUGGAUUUGUACCCGUGUGCAGUCUGGGUGCAAAUCAGGUGGGGCGGCUGAAUUUGGGCCGAGAGGUCACCUCGCUGAGAUACUACAGUGUGUGCGGCCUCCAAGAAGGAUACCAACCUUUCGCCCUCAAUAUGAGCAGAGAUCCGCCUCUGUGGAUGAGCUGGAGGGAGCCUCUAUUCGUACCAAUACCAGAAGACCAUCCUCAGUUACAGGUCUGUCGCAUCGAUGAGACAGUCAAUCGCCCGCCAGCGCUGAAAGUCACCCGGAGGUCGACGGGCUCUCCGAUCGGUCUCAGCUCCAGGGUCGAGUUCUUUCGACUAAGCCUGCCCGUAGCGUGUGCGCGGGUCUUCUCCAAACCUGCAGAAGGAACGGUCCCUCCCGGGAGCGGCGCGACAUGUCAGAUCAGAGAGCCAGACGAGGGCGAGGCGGACUCCGACUUCGAAAUGCUUAUGAAGUCGGCUCACAGACACACAGGAAGCAGGGACAGACUAAACAACCAUAAGGACCACGCCCAGGAGAAGCCGUCCAAACUCAAACAGAGAUUUCUCUUGAAAAAGAAGCCGGAACUGAACACGAGUGGUUCUUCAGCGCGGCUGCUGGAGGAGGUGCUGGCGAUCGAAAAGGACGACUGUAAUCACCUUGCUCACUGCACUAAGCACUACUACUCUGUGAAGAUCCUCAGUGGCCAAGAACCAUCCUGUAUCUGGGUUGGGUGGGCGACCUCUCGUUUCCACCCUCACGGGCAAACCUUUGACCUGGAGGAAGUGUGCACGGUGACGGUCACACUCGGAGACGAGUGGGGCAAAGUUGUCGAGAGUGAUAAGCGCAGUUGCUGUUACAUGGUGUGUGCUGCAGAGGGCACUGGUCUCUCUCACGGCCGCAGUAGCAGCGGGCUGGAGAUCGGCUGUCUGGUUGACACAGCGACUGGGUUUCUUACCUACACUGCUAAUGGGAAGGAAAUGGGAACGUUCUAUCAGGUGGAGCCGGGCACGAAGCUGUUCCCAGCUGUUUUUGCCAAAGCCACGAGUCACGACAUCUUCCAGUUUGAACUUGGACGCAUCAAGGGUGUGUUACCACUGUCCGCAGGCCUGUUUCGGAGCCAGAGGAAUAACACCGAGCCUCAGUGUCCUCCCAGGCUCAGUGUGCAGUCCCUGAUACCCGUGAGGUGGACUCGGUUACCGGAACGUGCCCCGCGCGUGGAGCUGACACGGCUGGAGGAGAGGCAGGGCUGGAGGGCACAGUGCGCCGAGAGUCUACAGACCAUGACUCUGCACAUCCCCGAAGAAGACAGGUGCGUAGACAUUCUUGAACUCUCUGAACUGGACCACCUGCUAGAGUUCCACGACCACACCCUGCGCCUCUACUCUGCCCUCUGCGCCCAUGGCAACAUUCCCGUGAGCCACGCCCUGUGCAGCCACGUCGACCAGUCACAGCUCCUCUUCGCCCUGCGGUGCUCACAAAUGCCCGGGAUCCUGCGAACGGGAUUCUACGGCCUCCUGACGACCGUCCACCUCGGUGUCCACGCCGGCGCCAGGCGGGCCGCCAGCCGCGAGUAUGUCGUGCCCAUGAGCGACGCCGUGCGGGCCGUUACGCUCUUCGAGCGCGAAGGGAGACGGCACGGCCUCCCAGGAAGUGAGAUCGGUACGUCUCUCCGACCCAGAAUGCACUCCAGCUCGCCGUGCUUUGUGCGCACGGGUUUCGGUGAUCCUUUCCAGCACAGUCCGGCGUUCCCAUUAGAGAUUCUAAAGUCUGUGACGGUUGCCAUGUUGGGGGAUGCAGUGCACUCGGUAGGGCAGGAUAUCAGGGAUCCUGUCGGAGGCAGCACAGAGCUGCUGCUUGUUCCUCUCCUCCAGCUGUUACACACGCUUCUCCUGAUGGGUGUGUACCAGCCUUCUGAUCUGCACCGUGUCCUCUCACUUAUUCUUCCAUCUGCUUACAUGAGGGAGUAUGAUUCUCUGGGAUUGGAGGAUGAUGAUGAUGAUGAAUAUAAUAAAGAAGAGGAGGGAGGAAGGCUCAGCCCUGAACGAGUGUUGCUACAGAUAAAGCUACCAGAAGCAGUUCAACUAGAGCUGUGCCACCUGCUGCAGUACCUGUGCGACUGCCAGCUGCGUCACCGGGUCGAGGCCGUGGCGACCUUCUCCGCCGAUCUGGUGGCUCGUCUUCAGGCCAACCAGCGCUCUCGCUACAACGGGGUCAUGGAGGCGCUCAACAUGUCGGCUGCCCUGACCGCCCGCAAGACCAAAGAAUUCCGCUCUCCACCUCAAGAGCAGAUGAACAUGUUGCUGAAUUUUCGUGAGGAGCAGCAGGAUUGCCCCUGUCCAGAUGACAUUAAAGAUCUGUUUUGGGAUUUCCAUUCAGAUCUCCAGAACCACUGUGGAGUUGAGACGGACGAAGCCGUAAAAAGCAGAGACGAGGCGGAGCAGCUCAGUGGGUCCCGAUUAACAAACCUAGUCGACAAAAUGGUGCGUCUGAAGAGGAGGAUGUCAGGCGUGGUUGAAGAGGACAUCGUGACUAAGCCUGUUUCUCUUCAGUGCCUGAUCUCUGACACCGUGAUGCGCUGGGCUCGCGAGAGUCACAUGAAGGAUCCGGCUCUGGUGCGAACCGCAUUCAGCCUCCUGCGCCUCCAGUACACCGGGUUGGCCGGCAAGAUGCUCGGCCCCCUGGAAAAAGCCUACUGCAUCAGCCGAAAUGCUGUAGAGGACACGCUCGGCCUGCAGGACGCGCUGGGACGGAUCCGCUCACUGCUCACGGCCCGAAUGGGCAGAGAAGAGGAGGAACUUAUGAUUAGAGGACUUGGAGAUAUCAUGAAAAAUAAAGUCUUCUACCAGCAGCCUAACCUGAUGAGAGCGCUGGGCAUGCAUGAGACUGUUAUGGAGGUGAUGGUUAAUGUUCUGGGCUCCAGAGAUUCCACGGAAAUCGUGUUUCCAAAAAUGGUGGCCAACUGCUGCCGCUUCCUGUGCUAUUUCUGUCGGAUCAGCCGUCACAACCAGAAGGCCAUGUUUGAUCACCUGAGCUACCUGCUGGGUCAUAGCAGCGUUGGACUCGCGUGUCCUUCUAUGCGAGGCUCGACUCCUUUGGACGUGGCGGCGGCUUCUGUGAUGGAUAAUUAUGAGCUAGCUUUAGCACUCCAAGAACCGGAUCUGGAGAAGGUGGUGCAGUAUUUGGCGGGCUGUGGGUUGCGGAGCUGUGUGUCGCUGGUCUCCAAAGGAUACCCAGACAUCGGCUGGAAUCCCGUGGAGGGCGAACGAUACCUCGACUUCCUGCGCUUCGCCGUGUUCUGCAACGGCGAAAGCGUGGAAGAAAACGCGUACGUCGUCGUGAGGCUUCUCAUUCGCCGUCCUGAGUGUUUUGGGCCCGCGCUCAGAGGAGAGGGUGGAAAUGGGCUUCUAGCAACUAUAGAGGAAGCGAUCAGGAUCUCAGAAGAGGAAACUGGAUAUGGUUCUUCUAAAGCUUACCAGUCCACCAGCACACUUGACACUCUUCACGACGAGGACGAGGACGUCAUCCACAUGGGUCACGCUAUCAUGACUUUUUACUCCGCCCUGAUAGACCUGCUUGGCCGCUGUGCUCCAGAGACCCAUCUAAUAGAGGCCGGUAAGGGUGAGGCCGUCCGUAUCAGGGACAUCCUAAGAUCUCUGAUUCAUCUGAAGGACCUUGAGGGCGUCAUCAGCAUCCCUUUUGCCCUCCCCUAUCUGGACAAAGAUGGUUCGGUGAUGGAGCCGGACAUGUCCAGAUGUUUCUGUCCAGAUCAUAAAGCAUCCAUGGUGCUGUUUCUGGACCGGGUCUACGGCGUCCACGACCAAACCUUCCUGCUCCACCUCCUUGAGAAAGGAUUCCUGCCGGAUCUGCAGGCGGCCGUCAGCAUGGAUAAUACUGAUCUCGGUGGGACAGACUUGGCUUUGGCUCUGAACCGUUACUUAUGUGGGGCGGUUCUGCCUUUGCUGGGGAAGUGCUCGACCCUGCUGCGUGACCUCUCUCCGAUUCGGACGGCUACCGUAGACGACUGUCUGCAGGCGAUUUACAGUCUCUCCAAAGCGAGCAGCCUGACCAAGGCCCAGCGUGAUGCCAUACAGGCCUGUUUGCUCUCUGUCUGUGGAAAACUGAAGCCGUCCUUGCUGCAGCCUUUACUGCGACUUUUUGUACUUGACGUUCCUCAGCUCACUGACAACUCCAAAAUGCCUCUUAAGCUCUUAAUGGAUCAUUACGAGCAGAACUGGAAGUACUACUACGCCUGUGAAAGGGGCAGUUUGGGUGUGGCCUCAGAGGAAGAACUUAAGCUGGGCAGGAAACUGUUUUGGGGUGUGUUCAGAGCUCUGAACAAAAAGCCUUAUGAGGCCGAGCUGUUUGAGCUCUCGGUUGGAUGUCUGGUCGCCGUGUCCGGUGCCGUUCCUCCGGAUCACGUCGAUCUGAACCGCACAGGCGGACUGAACACACGCUCAUCACUGAACUCUGAGGGGGGGUUUUGUCCUCAGCCUCUCGACACCUCCAGUGUGUCGGUUCCUGAGGUGCUGGAGUAUGUGAUAAACAAGUUUGCAGAACACACACAUGAGAAGUGGUCACUGGAGAGGUUUGCUAAUGGUUGGGUACACGGGGAGCAGCUGUGCGAGAGCUCUAAGGUUCACCCGCGCCUGAAACCCUACAGAGCAUUAUCAGAGCGAGAUAAAGACAGCUACAGAGGACCCAUUAAGGAGACAGUGAAAAGCAUGCUGGUCCUGGGUUGGACCAUCGAGAGGACCAAAGAGGGAGAUGCUAGGGGUCUUCGCAAAACAGCCAGACGCAUUUCACAGUCAGGACAGCUCUCGUUUGAAGGAACCUCCAUGUUCAGUCCUAAACCUGUGGACACCAGCAACAUCACACUGACCUGGGAUCAGUAUGCCAUGGCAGAAGAGCUAGCAAAGAACUUCCACAACGUUUGGGCCAAAAGGAAACAACAUGAACUGCAGGCUAAAGGAGGGGGCAGCCACCCACUGCUUGUGCCGUACGAAGCUCUCCAUGGCAGCGAGAGGAGCAGAAUUCAGGAGAAAGCUCAGGAUGUGCUGAAGUUCUUCCUCGCGAAUGGAUACACAGUGUGGAGGGAGAGGAAGCCUGCAGACUCGGAUUGCCCCUCUGUUGCUGCCCGUUUUGCCUACUGUCUCCUCCAGCGGGCGCUCUGCUUCACUGAUCAAGUACAGGACAAGCUGCUGAAGCUGGACGUUGCACAGGCCAGAGGCCUGAUGGGAAAAGCAGAAAGUGUGUCCCAGGAACAGGAGGUUCAGUUCUUUUUCAAGGUGUUAUUGCCUCUAAUCGAUCAAUAUUUCAAAAGUCAUCACCUUUACUUCCUUCCUGCUGUAAUGUGCCAACUCACCAACACCAGCCAUGCUUCCAACAAAGAGAGAGAGAUGGUUUCCAGUUUGUUCUGUAAGCUGGCAGCUCUGACCAGAUGCAGGAUUUGUCUCUUUGGUACGGACGUACAGUCUGUGGUGAACUGCCUACAGAUCCUGGCACAGUCUCUAGAUGCAAGUGCUGUGAUGAAGAUGGCCACAGAGUCGGUGCGUUCCACGCUGCACUCGUUUUUUGAAGCGGCAGCCAUGGACCUUGAGCUGGGAGUGAAGAGUGCGAGUGUGGCCUCAGCGGUCAUACAGGCCCGAGGAGAUGGACCCGUCCUGACCUACGCUACCACGGUGCUCCUUCCUGUACUGACGGCUCUGUUUCAACACACAGCCCACUGCCAGAACGCAGAGGAACUGAUUGUGGAUGAAGUGCAGACCUGCUGUUACAGGAUCCUUUGCAGUUUAUACACUCUUGGCAGCUACAGUAACACUUUUAUGGAAAGACAGAGAGCUUUCUUGGGCGAGUGCCUUGCUGCUUUAUCAGCAUCUUUUCCCGUGUGUUUCCUGGAACUAUCCUGGGACAUCAGCAAUGAACAGAGAGAAGGUAAACACACAGAUGCGUCCGGAGUACCCAGCGGGUCCAGGCUCAUCCCCUCCCUGCAGGAAAUGUUCUCAGAAGUGGAAGACGUGAUGCAGGCGGGGUCAGCCACUCGCCACGUCCUUUUGUGGCGGGUCAUGGAGGUCACCGUCCCUCUGCUGUGCAGCUACGUGUGUCGAUGGGGUCGAGGGGAUGACCAGGUGCACCGGGGGUGGCUGGGCUCCUCCCUCACCCCCCGGCACACUAACGCCCUCCUGGAGCAAAUCCUCACCGUCGUCCAGGCUCACCUGGGAAGAUCUGACUGCACGUGGAUGAAACGGAUCGCUGGUUUUGUGCAGCCGCUGGUGCAUCACGCAGAGCCGCACCUUCUGACCAGUCACUUCCUGCCGCUGAUGGAGAAGCUAAAGAACAGGGCGGAGUCGGUGCUGCAGGAGGACGAGCGUAUAAAGACGGAGGGCUGUGGAGACCUGGCAGAGAUGGAGCUCACCGUGCAGGAGAAGUUUGCAGUCCUAGUGCAGGAUCUCUACGCUUUUUACCCCCUACUCAUCCCAUUUGUAGAGCGCCACAGAAUGAAGUGGUUGAGAGAAAGGAAUCCAGACGCCGAGAGACUUUUCACUCUGGUCGCAGACGUCUUCAUUUUCUGGGCCAAAUCUCAUAACUUUAAGUGGGAGGAGCAGAGCUUUGUAGUCCAGAACGAUAUCGACAACAUGGCGUAUCUGAUCGACAGCGGAACCAGCCAGGGAGGAGUGUGUAAGGAGGAGAGAAGGAAGAGGAAGAUGAAAAGACAUAAAGACGAGCGAUACUCCACACAGACUUCUCUCAUCGUGGCCUCUCUGAAGAAACUGCUCUCUGUCGGUCUUAACCGAUGCUGCCGGGCGGAUCGAGGCCUGGUUACUCUGGCAAAGAAUCGAUUCACUGAGAAAGACACAGAAGAAGAGGUACAAACGUUCAUCCACAGCAACCUUCAAGAGGAGGAAUCUGACGGUGUCCUGAGUCGUGUCAGGAAUGUUUUGGUCGUCGCUUGUGUGCUUUUCCAUCUGGAGCAGGUAGAAUCUCCUCAGUGCAGUAAAAAAGCCGUGUGGCAGAAGCUGCUCUCUAAACAAAGGAAGCGAGCUGUAGUGGCCUGUUUCAGGAUGACACCGCUCUACAACCUGCCGUGGCACAGGGUGGUGAAUCUGUUUAUACAGAGCUACAGAAACAUCUGGGUGGAAGCAGAAGAGGAUUUUUAUGAGGAGAGACUCAUCCAGGAUUUAGCUAAAUCAGAAGAUGUAAGAAGACCGGGAGAUAAUCAGAGAGGAAGAACAAUAGAGGACAAAACAUUCGACCCUCUAAAUCAGCUCAUCAGCCUGUUUCGCCAGAGUGCCCUGACAGGCACGAGAAUGCAAGAGGACGAUCUGUACCUGGCCUACGCUGACAUCAUGGCCAAGAGCUGCCAGGCUGAGGAUGAAGACGGUCGUGAUGAAGAGGUGAAAUCCUUUGAGGAGAAGGAAUUGGAAAAGCAGAGGCUGUUGUAUCAGCAGGCCCGGCUGCACGAUCGUGGAGCUGCUGAGAUGGUCCUGCAGAGGCUCAGUGCCAGCGGAGGUGCAGUGGGAGCCACGGUGGCAGCUACUCUUAAACUUGGCAUCGCCCUCCUGAGUGGGGGAAACACGUCUGUACAGCAGAAAAUGCUGGACUAUCUGAGAAAGAAGAAAGAUGUGGGCUUCUUUCACAGUCUGGCCAGCCUCAUGCAAUCGUGCAGUGUGUUGGACCUGAACACUUUUGAGAGGCAGAUCAAAACCGAGGGUUUAAGAGCAGUAGCUGAAAGCAGUGCAGGUGAUAAGGUGAUGGCAGACGAGCAGCUGACCUGUAACCUCUUCCGAUUCCUUCAGCUGCUUUGUGAAGGACAUAAUGCAGAUUUUCAGGACUAUUUGAGGACUCAGACAGGUAACAACACCACAGUGAAUAUCGUCAUCUCCACCGUGGACUAUCUGCUCCGAGUGCAGGAAUCGAUCAGUGAUUUUUACUGGUAUUACUCCGGAAAAGAAGUGAUUGAUGAGCACGGCCAGCGUAACUUCUCUAAAGCCAUACGAGUGGCCAAGCAGGUCUUCAACACUCUCACCGAGUACAUUCAGGGUCCGUGCACUGGAAACCAGCAGAGUCUGGCACACAGUCGCCUGUGGGAUGCUGUGGUUGGAUUCCUCCACGUGUUUGCCCACAUGCAGAUGAAGCUGUCGCAGGAUUCCAGGCAGAUCGAGCUGCUGAAAGAACUGAUGGAUCUGCUUAAAGACAUGGUGGUGAUGCUGCUGUCAAUGCUAGAAGGAAACGUGGUGAACGGUACGAUCGGCAAACAGAUGGUGGACAUGCUGGUGGAGUCGUCGAGCAACGUGGAAACCAUUCUCAGGUUCUUCGAUAUGUUCCUGAAGCUCAAAGACCUGGUGUCGUCCGACGCCUUUCAAGAACACGACCCCGACGCACGAGGUCUGAUCUCCAAGAGAGACUUCCAGCGAGCCAUGGAGGGCUACAAGCGCUACACGCCGUCCGAGAUGGACUUCCUCCUGUCCUGUGCCGAGACCGACGAGAGCAAAUUCCUGGACUACCGCGCGUUCGUGUCGCGUUUCCACGAACCGGCCAAAGACAUCGGCUUCAACGUGGCCGUGCUCCUGACCGACCUGUCCGAGCACAUGCCUCACGACGGCCGCUUGAGGUGCUUCCUGGAGCUGGCCGACAGCGUGCUCAGGUAUUUCCAGCCUUACCUGGGCAGGAUCGAGAUCAUGGGCAGCGGGAAGCGGGUCGAGCGGGUCUACUUCCAAAUCAGCGAGUCCAGCCGCAUGCAGUGGGACAAACCACAGGUGAAGGAGAGCAAGCGUCAGUUCAUUUUCGACAUGGUGAACGAGGGGGGCGGGAAGGAAAAGAUGGAACUUUUCGUCAGCUUCUGUGAGGACACCAUCUUCGAGAUGCAGCUGGCCGCCCAGAUCUCCGGUUCCACUCGUGAAGAGGAAGCGAGGGGCCUGGAGGACGACGGAGUGGAGGAGGAGGAGGAGGAGGAGGAGGGCAAAGACCAGGAGAAAAACGUCACCACGGAAACUGAAAACACUAAGAAGCGCCUCCUGCUGGCUCCUCUCCGUGUCCUGAUGAUGAUCGUUCGUCUGGUGUCUGUGAGAAACCUCAGGAGGCAGAUUAGAGGACUCACCACGAGGGAUCUGAUCCGGGCGAUCUCGCUCCCCUUCCGGAUGAUUCUAACCAGCACGUCUCACUUCGUUUUAAGCAUCGUUCGCUUAAUUCUUCACCUCCUCUACCUGGUGUUUAUAAGCGGCUCCAUCGUCGACUUCGCCAAACACCUAAAACCGUCCGAUUUCCUCCGAGACUCGCGGGAAACUCGGGACGAUACCUCAGAGCUCAGCGAGGAAGCCAUCAGAGCGUUUAGAGCCUCCAUCCAAACUCUGUCACCUCAGAAUGACCUUCAGAGAGGAAGCCCGGACCUCUCGGCCGUAUCCAGGGACCCUCAGCUGCUCACGGAUAUAUUCGGCCUCCGGCUGAGGAAGGAAGGAGGACGGUAUACGUUACUCACCCGAGACUCCUACGCCAGCGCCCGCGAACGGGCAGGUGUGACCGGGGAGGAUUUGGAGGAGGACGAGAAGCAUUCAGAGAGCGAAAAAGCUGACGGAGAGGAAGAUGAGAAGAGGGGGGAGACGGAGGAAUCCGAGCCCAAAGCACGAUUCAGGAGGACGAGCUCCCAUAAAACACCGGAGCCCGAGAUCCAUGAAUCUGCAGUCUGGAAAAGCAUCUAUUCAGAGAAGACCAAGCUGCUCAACUACUUUGCCAGGAAUUACUACAACAUACGAGUGCUGGCGCUGUGUGUGGCCUUCGCCAUCAACUUCAUCCUUCUGUUCUACAAGGUCUCCGAAUCCGAUCUCGGUGAGGAGACCGAAGAAUCUGGGAGCGUUCGUUACGUUCUGGGUGAAAGUGGGUACAUGAAAGCCGCCCUUCACUGUCUGGCUGUUCUACACACCCUCAUCUCCUUCUGCUCUAUCAUCGGCUACUACUGUCUGAAGGUUCCUUUGAUGGUGUUCAAGCGAGAGAAGGAACUGGCGCGCAAGUUAGAGUUCGACGGCCUGUAUGUGACGAAGCAGCCUGACGAUGAUGACAUCCGGGGCCAGUGGGACCGGCUGGUCAUAAACACGCCAUCGUUUCCGAGUAAUUACUGGGACAAAUUUGUAAAGAGGAAGGUCAUGGCCAAGUACAGUGAUUUUUAUGGCUCAGAACAGAUCAGUAAGCUUCUGGGUUUGGAUAAAACAACACUGGAUUUUAGCUACGACGCCCAGAACGGAAGGAGACCAGCACGAGAACUACUGAAUCCAUAUGAUAUGAAGUAUCAGAUAUGGAAACUUGGAGUGGUCAUCACAGACAAUUCGUUUCUCUAUCUGGCCUGGUACAUGCUGUUUUCUGUUUUGGGCCACUAUAAUAACUUCUUCUUUGCCGCUCACCUCUUGGACGUGGCCAUGGGCUUCAAAACGCUGCGCACCAUCCUGUCGUCUGUCACGCACAACGGGAAACAGCUGGUUCUGACUGUAGGACUCCUGGCAGUGGUUGUUUACCUCUACACCGUGGUGGCUUUUAACUUCUUCCGCAAGUUUUACAACAAAAGUGAAGAUGGAGCCGCUCUGGACAUGAAGUGUGACGACAUGCUGACGUGUUACAUGUUCCACAUGUACGUCGGCGUGAGAGCCGGUGGGGGAAUCGGCGAUGAGAUCGAGGACCCGGCUGGAGACGAGUUCGAAUUCUAUCGAGUCGUCUUCGACAUCACGUUCUUCUUCUUCGUCAUCGUCAUCCUCCUGGCUAUCAUCCAGGGUCUGAUCAUUGAUGCGUUCGGGGAGCUGAGGGACCAGCAGGAGCAGGUGAAAGAAGACAUGGAGACCAAAUGUUUUAUUUGUGGCAUUGGGAAUGAAUAUUUUGAUGCCGUACCUCACGGAUUUGAGACUCACACUCUGCACGAACACAACCUGGCCAACUAUCUGUUCUUUGUGAUGUACCUCAUUAAUAAAGACGUGACGGAACACACAGGACAGGAGUCGUACGUGUGGAAGAUGUACCAGGAGCGCUGCUGGGAGUUCUUUCCAGUCGGAGACUGCUUCCGAAAACAGUACGAAGAUCAGCUUGCUUAAAUAAUCCUUUAUAAAACCUUAUAAAAUCAUCGAACAUUAAACGUUAUUACACACA